AUGCCAAACUUUGUGUUUCUCUCUCUUCUGCUGCUAUACAUCGUCUUCCUACCAUUUUCCGGAGCCUCCAUCUCAUCGUGCAACGGCCCGUGUCAAUAUUCUUCGGACUGUCGAGGCGCGCUCGUCUGCAUUAGCGGAAAAUGCAAAGACGUGGGGACUCACUUCUGCACCCUUGAAUCCGACCACAGAAACUGUGAACCCUCCGGCAGCACGCUGUAUAACGGCACCGUCUGUCUGUUCUAUGACUGCUCCCCUCCGGUGCUCACGCGCGGCUCGACACCCGCCAAGCUCAAGCACCGCGAUUUUCAGUACUCGUUCCCCUCGGAGUGCGACGGUAAGUUAUAUCCAGCGACGGAGAGAGUGGUGGCGAUGUCAACCGGGUGGUUCAACAGAGGGUCGAGGUGCGGGCAGAUGAUACGGGUUUUCGGCGGGGAUGGGAGGAGCGUGGUGGCGGAGGUGGUGGAUGAGUGUGUUUCGUUUCGCGGGUGUGAUGAGGAAAGCGAAGGCAAGCCGCCGUGCGGGAAUGAUAUAAUUGAAGGGUCGGAGGCUGUGUGGAAGGGAUUGGGGUUGAAUAACGAUUACUCGGAUGAUGUAAACGUUACUUGGUCCAUGGCCUGA